GCAAAUUUUCAGCGGGGCAAUUUUCCGAGCGGGCACCUCCCGCCGAAUGGUCCGCGCGGCGCCGCGUGCCCGCCCCGCUGCCGGGGGCGCGGCCGCCCUGCGCGGCAUCGGCGGCGUGCCGCCGCGGCGGCGAUGGCCGCACCGCAGGGCCGGGACACCGGCGCCCUGCCGUUCCCCACGUCGGUGGGCUACGUGGCGCUCGCCACGAACGGCGCGAAGGGCGGUGGCACGAAGUACUUGACCCUGCAGUUCCUGAACUUCGCGCGCUGGACCUGGACCACGCAGCAGCACAGCUGCAACGUGUCUGGCGCUUUGCGGGUCAUGGCCAGGGAGAACCUUUACACGAAG